AAAGGGAGAAUGAUUGCUCUCAGCCGGAAGUAAAAGUAACAAUUUGACAGAAAUGCAAAAUAUAAUUUAUCUUUUUCGUCACCCAAUAUGUUACAGACAGUUGUGAGAUUUUGAGUUUGAUUGAGAUUAACUGGAUUCCUGAAAUAAGUACUGAAUUACCAAAGAUGUUAUUGAAGUCACUCAUUAUCACUUAAUAAGCACUUACUUCAUCAUUGCUUAUUAGUUACCUUUAUUUAUAAUUAUAUAUGCAAGAACGAAUGAAGAAAACAUGCACGCGACACGGGCUGACACUUCUGAAAGACGAUUUGAAAUACAAUGUAAAUUGGAGUCAGAGAUUGCUGCUCUAGAAGCCUUGAAGGAGGCGGAGGAACGUAGCCGACGUUUGACAAGUGGAGUAGUGGGAAUUCUUUCCUCCUUGGAAGAUCGUUUGGCUACGCUGCGACGUACAAUACUCCCUGUUUAUAAUGAGACAGGGAAUCUCCAAGCUCAGCAACACAAUAUAGAAAAGACCUUAAGUAUACUGGAUCACGCUAUCGGAUACUAUGGUGUAUGUCAAGAAGUGGAAGAUGCGGUGCGGGCUGAACCAAGUGGGCCUGGUGGUUUAGAUGGUUUUCUCGAGGCUAUGAACCGUCUGUACAAUGCUCAGCGAUACUUCCAAAAAAAUAAUCCUAGCUCUGUCGAGUUAGAAAAUGUCACAAGUCUCUUCUCGAUCGGCCUAGAAUCACUUUAUGCUGAAUUUCAUGAUAUUCUUACUCGCCAAAGUAAACCGAUCCUUCCUAUUUUACUCUUGGAUUUAAUUGGCUCCGAUGAAGAUACCAGCGGUGAAGAUGCACCGCAGUCUCUAUGUCAAUUGCCGGAAAGCGUUAUGAGCGAUUUGCUCAAAAUUUCCGGAUGGCUGGAGGAAAGAGGCCACCGUAAACACAUAAAAAUAUAUGCCUCUGUGCGUUCCGCCAUCGUCUUGAGGUCCUUGCAGUUGCUCAGAGAACAUCAGAGGAGCGCCAGUGGCGGCAGUACACACGCUGGAAGUCCAAUGCCUAGAGCGAAAUUCGCUAAUCGGCACUCUUUGGGUGGUCAGGAGAACGCAGGGCGCAAAGCGUCGCGACGGUUGCAGCACGCAUUGGAGAAGAAGGCCAACAGAAUGCUGUUGAAAGCGUCGCAAACAACGGGCUUAAACCUGUCCCUGACGGCGUCCAGGAAGCCGACGCCGCAGCUCUCGCCGUAUUCCAUGGAGGACGCGGCGCCUGACGAGCAGGAGAUGGAGAAUUAUCUUCUGUUAGCGGUCGGUCUGCACAAACUCAUGCAAGCCGAGCGAACGCUAGUCGCGAAGAUCUUGCCGGCAUCCUUACAAGCGCAGGUGCUGGAAGCUACCGUUCGUGACGCGAUGGACUUAGUGGCUCACGAUGGAGACAGCAUAGCUACGCGUGCCAAACGGUGCAUCACAAAACGCGACUUUUCCGCCGUUCUCGUGGUCUUCCCGAUUCUAAAGCAUCUCGGCGAAUUGAAGCCCGAUCUUGAGAGAACAGUCGAGGGUUGCGAUUACGCACUUCGCUCAAAAUUUGCCUCUGUGCUUGACACGUUAAAUGCAACUGGUGCUAAAGCUUUGGAAGAUUUUGCGGAAAGCGUGAGAAAUGAAUCUAGCACGGCUUUGCCAAAAGACGGCACCGUAGCGGAGGGGACUAGCAAUGUCUUAGUUUUUCUAGAACAGUUGGCUGAAUACGCAGACACGGCCGGUGCUGUUCUACGACGCAACACCGAUAUAGAUCAAACUGUGUCGUCCGCAAAAAAUGCAGAAAAAGGACAUAGAAUGGUUCUCGGCGUAUAUGUCAAGAAGGUUCUCGCUCAGUUGAAUCUAGCGUUGGUGAAUAAAAGCGACGCGUCUUACUCCGAUCUCGCUUUACGUGCUUUGUUCCGGCUAAACAACCACAAUUACGUGGUCAAUGCUCUCCGCCGAAGUUCCCUUAUGGAGCUACUUUUGCUGGCCGAGCCGAGCGCGGAGCAAACGUAUCACGAUCUACUUCUGAAAGACAGAAACAAUUACGUCACUACGACAUUCGCCAAGGCGCGAUCGUACCUCGAGCAAUCCGCAGACGAACCAGAUCUUGCCGCUAAAACGUUGAAGGAAAAGUUCUUGGGUUUCACGAAAGAACUCGAGGAAGUGGCCAAGUGUCAACGUUCUUACUCGGUACCUGAUAGACGUUUGCGCGAGGAGUUAAGGAAGGAACUGCACGAGACAAUUGUUCCGUUGUACACCGCGUUCCACAACAAGUAUCGCGGCGUGUCGUUCUCGAAGAACCCAUCGAAAUACAUCAAGUACACGCCCGACCAGAUAUCGGCGCUGAUCAAGACGUUCUUCGACACCGCCGCGUAAUAAUGUACAAAAUGUUGCACCCCCGAUGAUUGUUUCUCCAAGGAAUUAGCAAAGUAUUUAAUAAACACCCAUUUAAUAAAGCAUAUUCAGUUA